AUGUCGAACAACCGCCGUGGCCAUAAUGAGGGGGGCACAGUGCCCUGGGCCGACAAUCCUCUACGAGAUCCUGGAACUGCUCUUUCUUUUCCGGUGUCGCACCUCCGUUUUUGUCUCACUUGUGUAAAGACUUGCAUCGUCAUGUGGACGCAGAGAGGAUACGAGAACGGGUUCCUAUCUCCUUUCAAGGUGACUUGCAUCCAGGACUCUGGUAGCAACAAUGACUGUCGAGACUGUGCUGGAUCUGGAGUGGCUUGUGUUCAGAUCCCGGAAGGGGCUGAGGGUCAUAGAUUCGAACUACUUGCACUUCUGUCCUGGGUUUCGCUGUUCUGGUCCCCAUAUGACCACCUUCGUGCUUCAUCUGCUGGUCUCCAUGUACCUGUUGGGGUCUCGGUCGCGGCCUUGCACAAUCUCGGGGAGACUGUUGGAAGGCUCUGUAUUGCCUUUUGCCAACUUAUUGAAAACCACAUCGUGAGCCACUCUUUGCAGCAUAACUGCCCUUCCCGGAUAAGUUCCCUCCGGUCCUAUCGCACUGUUCUUAUGAAUCGCGAGUUGGUUCCAAACCCAAUGGGUUCCACUGUACCGGGCAAUGAAAUCGAAAGGCUAGCCGUGAUGUCCUUUUCUCGCCACAAAUUGCGGGAUACCGAAGAUAUGGUCCAUUUCUGGUACGGCGCUGUACGUGACUUCCAACUUACGGUCACCGAUACUGUCCAGAAUGACACCCGUUACACCGAGCACUGGUCCGUUCAGAGUCGAUAUAUUUCCCAGUUCCCUUUAUCGAUCUUGCCUCCAGACCUGCAGCGGGUCCCUAGUCGCCGCUAG